AUGGUUAAACCCAUUCUGCUGUGCACAUCCUUGCUGCUGUUAGCCAAAGGUUUCUUCGCGAUCCGAUUCCAAAUUGAUUUAGUUAAGCGACUUAGUCUAAAGUCUUUGUCGGAUAACUUUGCGGUCUCCCCAUUUGGGGUUUACCAGGCUCUAUCAUUGUUUUAUCUGGGAAAGGACACUCGCAGGGAUGUCCAGCUGGCCAGAGCUCUCAGACUAACAGGGCGUCGUCAUGAGAAGAUCACGUCCUAUUUCGACAAGUCUCGUCAGAAAGCAGUUACCCAAGAAUUUACCCUGGCAAAUCGAGUAUAUGUGUCACCGAAAUACAACGUAUCGGAGAAAAUGAAAAAACACGGCACAGACUUUGGCGUGGAUAUAGAAAACAUUGGGUUCUCAGACGUCGAAAAGUCGAAAGAAGAAAUUAAGAAGUGGUUUAGUAAGUCCAUUAACAAAGCUGGAAAUAAUCUCUUUGAAAAGGAAGAUUUAACCAACAUCACGGAAAUUGUGGCAGUGCAAGGAAUUUCUGCGACAACUCAUUGGAAAUAUCGAUUUAAGUCGAUGUCAAACAUGCUUUUCAGCGUGGCAAGACCGAAUAAGAAACCAGUUUCUUAUAAGGCCGAAAUGAUGUAUACGGUAGCACCCCUUCAGUUUUUCAGCGAUGACGAGGUUCGAGGUGCCAUGAUUCCAUUUUCAAACACCGAUAUCGGAAUGUUGGUGAUACUUCCCAGACAAAAAUUCGGCACCAAAAGAAUUCUGCAGAAUCUGGAUAAGUAUCUACAAAUCCCAUUGAAAAAAGCGGAGGACACGCACUUGUUUUUGCCUAUCCUAAGUUUCCAGGAUACCGUGGACUUAAAUUCAGUUCUUCAAGAGUUGGGCAUCCAGAAACUUUUCACAAGUGCUGAUCCCGAUAGAAAUGCCACCGUUGCAAAUUUCAAGCAGUUCAAUGGUCUGCAAAUCAAGCCAAAUCGGGUUUUGAUAUACACCGAAUCCGGGGCCGACGAUGACCAAAGAGUCCUGAAACUCAACAAACCCUUUGCGUACGUUAUCAAGGACGAAAGUACCAUUUACAUGGCGGGACGAGUGUCGCUAAUCCCAUAGUGCAGCUUCAGGAAUUUACACCGAAAUGUCAGCUGAAUUGUAAAUUAAAUUAACCUGAAUUAAGCCAAACAAAA